CCUGCUUCUGGAUAGGGGCGGGUGCGGAGAAAGGAAAUCGCUGUGGGAGCCGCAUCCUCCCUGCACUAGCGGCGCCAGAGGUGGAGGCAGAGAGGGCGGAGGAGGCAGAGAAGGGUGCCGCAGAGAAAAAAGUGUCAAAGCCAGUACGGCUUUAGAAUACGGUGAAGGAUACUUUUCAUGGUGCAUGGAAGGAAAGCCAAUGCGCAGGUGUACCAACAUUCGCCCAGGAGAGACUGGAAUGGAUGUAACAAGCCGCUGCACCCUUGGAGAUCCCAACAAACUGCCAGAAGGGGUUCCCCAACCUGCUCGCAUGCCCUAUAUCUCAGACAAGCACCCUCGGCAGACCUUGGAAGUGAUCAACCUUCUGAGAAAGCACCGAGAGCUAUGUGAUGUGGUGCUAGUUGUGGGCGCUAAGAAGAUAUAUGCCCAUCGAGUCAUCCUGUCGGCCUGCAGUCCCUACUUCCGAGCGAUGUUUACAGGAGAACUGGCUGAAAGCCGCCAGACAGAAGUAGUGAUCCGAGACAUAGACGAGAGGGCUAUGGAACUACUGAUUGACUUCGCAUAUACCUCCCAGAUAACUGUGGAAGAAGGCAAUGUUCAGACCCUCUUGCCUGCUGCCUGCCUCCUCCAGCUGGCAGAAAUACAGGAAGCUUGCUGUGAGUUCUUAAAGAGACAAUUAGAUCCUUCUAAUUGCCUGGGCAUUCGGGCUUUUGCUGAUACACACUCCUGCCGUGAGUUGUUAAGAAUUGCAGACAAGUUCACUCAACAUAACUUUCAAGAGGUAAUGGAAAGUGAAGAAUUCAUGUUACUUCCGGCCAACCAACUCAUCGACAUAAUAUCUAGUGAUGAGCUCAACGUUCGGAGUGAAGAACAAGUGUUCAACGCAGUGAUGGCCUGGGUCAAAUACAGUAUUCAGGAAAGACGGCCUCAGUUACCCCAGGUGCUGCAGCAUGUCCGCCUGCCUUUGCUUAGUCCCAAGUUCCUGGUGGGCACCGUAGGCUCUGACCCCCUCAUUAAAAGUGAUGAAGAAUGCAGAGACUUGGUAGACGAGGCUAAAAACUACCUCCUGUUGCCUCAAGAGCGACCACUGAUGCAAGGGCCAAGGACAAGACCACGGAAACCCAUCCGAUGUGGAGAAGUGCUCUUUGCAGUUGGUGGUUGGUGUAGUGGAGAUGCCAUUUCCAGUGUUGAACGGUAUGAUCCACAGACCAAUGAGUGGCGAAUGGUAGCUUCAAUGAGUAAAAGGCGAUGUGGCGUUGGAGUCAGUGUUCUUGAUGACCUGUUAUAUGCAGUAGGCGGCCAUGAUGGAUCCUCAUAUCUCAAUAGUGUUGAAAGAUACGACCCCAAAACAAACCAGUGGAGCAGUGACGUGGCCCCUACAAGCACGUGCAGGACAAGUGUUGGCGUGGCAGUACUUGGAGGCUUUCUUUAUGCUGUGGGCGGACAGGAUGGUGUCUCUUGCCUCAAUAUUGUUGAGAGGUAUGAUCCAAAGGAGAACAAGUGGACUCGGGUGGCUUCUAUGAGUACUAGAAGACUUGGAGUUGCUGUGGCUGUGUUGGGAGGGUUCUUAUAUGCUGUAGGUGGCUCUGAUGGAACAUCUCCACUCAACACAGUGGAGCGCUACAAUCCUCAGGAAAACAGAUGGCACACCAUAGCCCCUAUGGGGACCCGAAGGAAACACCUAGGUUGUGCAGUGUACCAGGACAUGAUCUAUGCUGUGGGAGGGAGAGACGACACCACAGAGCUCAGCAGUGCUGAGAGGUACAACCCCAGGACCAACCAGUGGUCUCCCGUGGUGGCCAUGACGUCCCGCAGGAGUGGGGUUGGUCUGGCGGUGGUCAAUGGACAGCUCAUGGCAGUAGGAGGUUUUGAUGGCACAACAUACUUGAAGACCAUUGAAGUUUUUGAUCCAGAUGCCAAUACGUGGAGGUUAUAUGGAGGGAUGAAUUACCGUCGGCUAGGAGGUGGUGUAGGAGUUAUUAAAAUGACACAUUGUGAAUCCCAUAUAUGGUGAACACAGAAAAAAGUCUUGCAUACGCUUCUUUAUAUUUGGAAGAGCCUUGACUUUGAAGCUUUGUACAGCUCGAGAAAACAUUAGAACAAAAUUUAUUCUUUGCUGGUGCCUCAACAUGCAGAACUACAAGUCUAACGACGGAGCUCACCUGCAGACGCCUCCUUUGCACAAUACCUUCCCACUCUCUGCAGAAGAGGGUUUAUUCUGGCUUUAAUUUAUCAUGGAGUUUUGAUGGGGAUUUUUGUUUUUGUUUCAUUGGCUUGGGUCAUU